GCCAUUCUCUCCUUCUAUCUUCUCCAGACAGACUCGAUCCAAAGACCACACCAAUGAGCCACUAAAUUUUUCAGGUUUCAACUUCUCUGAGCCCCAUUUCUUUCAUUCAAACAGGUGAAGUUUCUUCUUUCUUUCCUCUCUCUCAGAUAAAUCCAAACUCUUCCUCAUUUUCCUUUCAAUUUUCUCUCUAUUCCCACUCUCAUUUUCCCACCAACACUACAACCUGCAUCGCUCUUAUUAUCAACGAUGUUUUCUCCCAAGCACAUCCUUCCCGCCCAACACAACCUCCUCCCGUUCUCCACCGCCAUCUCCGCCGCCAUCACCGCCAACACUUCUUCCGCACCUUCCCUCCCAGAAAACUACCAAAUACAACCCCCAAUCAAACCCUGGCCCCACCGCCUCAACCCUAAACUACUCUCGUCUCUCAUUUCCCGCCAACACGACCCCAUUGUCUCCCUUCAAAUCUUCCACCACGCUCAACACCACCACCGCCCUCCCUUCUCCCACAAUCCUCAAACCUACCAAUCCAUUUUCCUUAAACUCUCCCGCUUCCGCCGAUUCCGCGAAAUCGAAUCCCUCCUCUCCAACCUCCGCCGUUUUCCCCAGCAAUUUGAACACUGCUGUGGCGAAGAGCCCGUUGUAACCGUUAUCCGCGGUUAUGGACUUGCUGGAAAGCCCGUAAGGGCUCUCAGAACCUUCCUGAGGAUCGAAUCGUUUGGGAUUCGACCAUCGGUGAGGUCUCUUAAUGCAUUGUUGAAUUCGUUGGUUCAGAAUAAGCGUUACCGAUUGGCGUUUUUGGUGUUUAAGAAUUCUAGAGAUAGGUUUGGGGUUUUGCCUAAUGUUGUUAGUUGUAAUAUCUUGCUUAAGGCACUUUGUAAAGGGAAUGAGGUUGAAGUUGCUGUUAGGGUUUUGGAUGAAAUGUCUGGGAUGGGUUUGGUUCCCAAUGUUGUUAGUUAUACUACUGUUUUGGGUGGGUAUGUUUGGAGGGGUGAUAUGGUUGGUGCUACGAGGGUUUUUCGUGAGGUUUUGGAUCGAGGGUGGGUUCCUGAUGUGACUACUUAUACUGUUUUGUUGGAUGGAUUUUGUAGGUUAGGGAAAUUGGUGGAUGCAAUAAGGGUGAUGGAUGGUAUGGAGGAGAAUGGGGUUGAGCCUAAUGAGGUAACUUAUGGUGUUAUGAUUGAGGCUUAUUGUAAGGAGAAGAAAUCUGGGGAAGCAGUUAACUUGCUCGAGGAUAUGCUUGAGAAGGAUUGUGUACCGGGUUUGGCGCUGUGUUGUAAGGUUGUUGAUUUGUUGUGUGAGGAAGGGAAUGUUGAGAGUGCUUGUGAGGUUUGGAGGAUGGUUUCGAGGAAGAAUUGUAGUAGUCUCGACGGUGGUGCUGUUGUUGUGAGUACACUUAUACACUGGCUUUGCAAGAAGGGGAAGGUGUUGGAGGCGAGGAACAUGUUUGCUGAGUUUGGGAAGGGAUCGAUUGCUAGUCUAUUGACGUAUAACACGCUGAUUGCUGGAUUGUGUGAGGGAGGAGAGCUUUGUGAGGCAGCGAAGCUGUGGGAUGACAUGCUGGAGAAGGGUGUUGUUCCUAAUGCUUUUACCUAUAACAUGUUGAUUAAAGGGUUUUGUAAGGUUGGAAAUGUCAAGGAGGGUAUCAGAGUUCUCGAAGAGAUGUUGCAAAAUGGGUGUCUGCCUAACAAAUCAACCUACUUAAUAUUGAUUGACGGGCUUUUGCUUUCGGGUGGAAUGAAACAAGAAAUCAACAAGGUAGUUUCAAUGGCCAUCUCCACUGGAGUUGAUGCUGACAUGUGGAAUCUUUUUGUAAAACCUGUUGUGGAUAAUGUAGAUAGCGGUGCAGCUGAAAUUGAUAGGAUAUUAUUAGAGAAUGCAGUGUGAUAAUACUCUGAGCCAUGUUGUUGAAUAUUGGGAACUAUAUCCAUUUUUGAGACAUUCUCUUAGCUGGUAUUCCUACCAGUUAGUGAACUUGAAAGUGUCCGUCAAUUGACUGGAAACCAUUUCUUGGAAUUUUUGUCAUAUUUGGUCCAAUUUUAAUGGCUGGUCAUUGUAGUUGCCACCAAUACCAAAGUUUUCAUAUAAAAAUCUAAUCACCAUCCCUUGCAUCUUAAGGGAUGUUGAUUGGGCGAAUAUGGUGACACGAGUGAGCAGCCUAGCCCGUCACUUAUUCAUUGUGUGUUGGACAUAAUGAGGACUUACGGAUUUGGACGUGCAGGGAAAAAUUUAGUAAAAUCAGCCUAUCUCUUUUUAGUUUCUAAAUCUACUAAUGAAGUUGUGUGGUCUGAUUUAGAAGAGAAGGUAUUCAGAUUCUUGUAGAAGAGCUUGGCUCCAUCCAACGCCAUAGCUCUUUCGUGCAGGCUUUUCUUAAGAGUUUGCCAACUAGAGUUAAUUUAUUUCAGCUAAAGAUGUUAACUAUUGUUAGUAAUAGUGUGACUAGUUGUGUGCUACGUGGACAGCAAGCAGAAUCUGCCCUGCAUUUAUUUAGACAUGUAUUUUUACUUCUAGAAUAUGGUAUGCUGCUUUUAAUUGGUUGAGAGUGUGUAUGCCACUAUGCCUAUUCCAGCCACUUUAUUCUAGUUGUUAAUACAGUUCUGUGGAUGUGCUCGUGGUAAGAAAAAGAAGAUAUGGUCUUUGAUUUGGAUUGUGGUUAUCAGGUCUAUAAGGGAGGCUAUUUAGGUACUGCUAUGAAAAUAAAGGGUGAUACUAACACUAUGUAGAAAUGUGAAAAGGGAUGACUUUGAAACAAUGUAGCGAGGCAUAGUGAAUGGAAGGAAUGGUGAUGGUCUCUUUUGACAGCAGGAAAGAUAACAGAGAUACAGGACAUGGGUCAUGCUUCGAAUAAUCCAAGAGAGGGGGAUGAUUAUGAUGCUGAUAAUACGAGGCAUUAAUUUAUUUAUGCUUACAGGUUAUUUUUUAAUGUCUGCCAAAGUCUGGGUAUGAAAUGCUGGAACAUAUAGAGUAGAUGAAUAUCUUGUACGAUGCUUUACAUGAUUCCUUUUGUGAUGUAUUUGAAGAUUGAGAUAGGUUAAGGAGACUGAACCUGAGUGGGUUUAAUAACUUGAUAGUUGAUACUAUAGGCUUUGGUGUUUGAUAAGAGAGUCUUAUUCCAUUUCUGUUGUGUGAACAGAAACAAUUAUACCUAGAAGAAUAUUGUCAACUAUACAUUAAA